AUGCAUGUCCUAAUCACAGGCGCCGCUGGCUUCAUUGGCCAAUUGCUCGCCAAAGAGCUGCUCAACGAUCCUUCCUAUACACUCGUCCUAACAGAUAUCAAUGAACCCCCGGUUCCGGCGGGCGUCAAAUACCCCCAAAAUGCGCGCACGGUGACGGCAGAUCUUCUCACAGGUGCUAGUACAGUUGUGGAUAAAUCACUGGACACUGUCUAUGCUUUCCACGGCAUCAUGUCAUCUGGGUCAGAAGCGAAUUUCGAUCUCGGUAUGACAGUCAACGUCGAUGCAACCCGGAAUCUACUCGAGGCACUCCGCGCAACAUGCCCCGGUGUUAGGGUGAUAUACUCUUCCAGUCAAGCCGUCUACGGGCAACCACUUCCGGAAGUGGUUGACGAUAGUGUCAUUCCCACCCCUCAGUCAUCAUAUGGUGCGGAGAAGAUCAUCUGCGAGACACUGGUCAACGAGUACACACGCCGUGGCUUUAUUAAUGGAUUCACGUUGCGAUUUCCCACCAUAUCAGUCCGUCCCGGUCGUCCCACCGCUGCUGCUUCUUCCUUCCUCUCUGGUAUGAUCCGUGAGCCGCUGAACGGCGAGGAGUGCGUUAUCCCCGUUGAGGACCGAUCUUUCAAAUCAUGGCUUUGCUCGCCCAAGACCCUCGUGCAUAAUCUUAUCCUUACGCUGUCGCUGCCCGCCGAUUCUGUCCCGCCGCAUAUCCGCCAGAUCAAUGUACCUGGCAUCUGCGUGACUGUGCAGGAAAUGAUGGAUGCGCUGGCCAAAGUAGGAGGGGAAGAGAAGCUGGCUCUUCUGAAGGAGAAAGAAGACCCAACUCUCAGGCCAAUCUUGGAUUCAUGGCCGACACGUUUCGAUAAUGCUCAGGCAAUCUCUCUGGGAUUCAAGCGCGAUGGUUCAUUCGAAGAAGCAGUUAGAGACUAUCAGCAGUCGCUUGGCCAGUAG